AAGUACAAUCUCAUUCCCGAAAUCGCUCCUAGAUUGAGCAUCGCCGUUUCAGUCUUCCAUGCCUAUGCACAUCAAUUCUGUUGUCAAAUCGCAUUUCACCCCUGGAAACGAAAUGGGUUCGGAAAGUCAAACGGGGAAGGAAAUGAGUGGCUAUGGUCCUUAAUUGUUGAUACAAUAGCGCCUGAACGCAUA